GGGAGGAGACACUUCUUCACACGGAGAGCAGGGAGGGGAUGGAACCUUUUGCGCAGCGAUUUAAUCCAGCCUAAAUGAUUAAUUGCAUUUCGAAUCAAUAACAGAACCAGCUAAGACUGAGCUGAAAUCCAAAAUUGUGCAAUGGCCGCGGUGGGUCAGCUGGUUUCAGUGUCACUUGUGCGGUCUGUAGUUCCUCGGUUCAGCUACAGCACAGUCCCGUCUCCCCUCCAGCAGUGACGGGGUUAAGCGCCGCUGCCUCUGGGAGCUAAUUAAUAAUUCAAUGUCAGGAGCCUUGCAUAAAUUGCUCUCGUUGAGCACUGUGUGCGUUCACUGAGCAUCCACUGACAGCUGAAGAGUGAAGCAGGCAACCCCAGCUGCAUAGUAAACACUGCAGAGAGCAGCAGAGACCAGCCUCCCCUCUCUCUCUCAUCAGCAACCUAACACAAGCCAGCCAGCCAGCCAGCCAGCCAGCCAGCCAGCCAGAGAUCACUGCGGGCAGUGCUGGGGAAUCCUCUCUGGUCCCAGUUUUGUUUUUCUAUUGGAAAGGGGGUGAAGAUGCAGAGCCAGGGUUUUGGGAAGGGGUGGCAGUGGGGGUCGUGGUGUGCCCUCUGUCUGCUCUGCCUAGCGGCCUCCGCAGGGGGAAGGAAGCCUCCCAAAGUGCCCCGCUGUCCUGUCAGCUGCUCCUGCACCAAAGAUAGCGCCUUCUGCGUCGACUCCACGGCUAUCCCCAGGAGCUUCCCACCGGGCAUCAUAUCUCUGACUCUGGUAAACGCUGCCUUCACUGAAAUCCCAGAGCGAGCCUUCUCUCAUCUCCACCUGCUUCAAUUCCUGCUGCUCAACUCAAACACCUUCUCCCAGAUUGCAGACGAUGCCUUCAACGGAGUCCCCCAUCUGCAGUACCUAUUCAUCGAGAACAACGACAUCCAGUCCCUGUCGAAGCGCUCCUUCCGAGGGCUGAAGUCCCUGACUCAUCUAUCCCUGGCGAAUAACAACCUGAAACAUCUUCCCAGAGACAUCUUCAAACACCUGGACAUACUGACCGACCUGGACCUGAGAGGGAACUCUCUGAGCUGCGACUGCAAGAUGAAGUGGCUGGUGGACUGGCUGGGAAAGACCAACACCUCAGUGCCGGCCAUCUACUGUGCCAGUCCCCCCGAGCUCCAGGGCAGGAAGCUGGCCGACCUCAGUGCCCACGAUUUCAGCUGCAUCACCACGGAGUUCGUUGUCUACGAGACCUUCCCGUUCCACUCUGUCUCUGUGGAAUCUUUUGAGUUUGCCGGAGACCUCUUCGUGGCGUUCGCCCAGCCUGGCACAGGGAACUGCAGCCUGUACGUGUGGGACCACGUGGAGAUGGUCUUCAGGAAGUUCAACAACAUCAGCUCGAGCUCAGCUGUGUACUGCAAGCCUGUGGUGAUUGAAGAUUCUCUCUACAUGGUGUUGGCUCAACUUUUCGGGGGCUCACACAUCUACAGGUGGGAUGGCGACACGGAUAAGUUCAUCAAGAUCCAGGACAUCGACACGGUGCGCAUCCGCAAGCCCAACGCCGUGGAGGCCUUCCGCGUGGAAGGAGAGUGGUUCUUCGUGGUGGCGGACAGCUCCAAAGCCGGCUCCACCAGCAUGUACCGCUGGAACAGCAACGGCUUCUACUCCCACCAGUCCCUGCACCCCUGGUACCGAGACACCCACGUCGAGUUCCUAGAGAUGGAGGGCAAGCCCAGGCUCAUCCUGUCUAGCAGCUCCCAGCCCCCGGUGGUCUACCAGUGGAACCGCAGCCAGAGGCAGUUCACCUUCCUCUACGAGAUCCCUGGCACCAGCGACGUCCAGAUGGUCAAGCACUUCGUGGUGCGGAAGGACGUCUACCUGUGCUUGACCCGCUUCAUUGGGGACUCCAAGGUGCUGCGCUGGGAGGGCCAGCGCUUCGUGGAGAUCCAGACCCUCCCUUCCAGGGGCUCCAUGGUGGUCUACCCCUUCUCUGUUGGCCCGCGACACUACCUCGUCCUAGGCAGCGAUUUCUCUUUCUCCAGGGUCUACCUCUGGGAUGCCCUGACUAAGAGAUUCGAACCCUUCCAGGAGCUGAACCUGAGAGCCCCCCGUGGCUUCAGUUUCGUCUCCAUCGACAACAAGGACAUCCUGCUGGCCUCCAGCUUCAAGGGCCACACCCUCGCUUACCAGCAUCUCGUGGUGGACCUGAGCGCCUGAAGGAGGUUCAGAAACCAGACGCGCAAGGAGGUGGUCCAGGACUAGGGGGCGCUCUUGUGUUUCAGAGCAGACAUGUCUGUGAGAUUUCUGGUACUGCAGCAAUAGCUCACUAAGAUGAAUCUCUUCACCUCCCUGUAUUUGUAACAGAGAAAUUGACGAGGCCGUAGUAAAUGAUCGGGGGGCAGGCUGUAAUCCAGCUCAUGUGUGCUCCCAAUAACAGAACACGGGAAGAGGAUCUUCAAAUUAGAACGCAAACCCACAAUAUCUUUUAAUGGUGGCCGGAACAGUUUACGAGAAGGAUGCAUGCUUACUAUUUCAACAAGCUUAUUAUACCUUUUGAUCAUUCAUAUAUAUUACAGAGGAAGCAAUUAAACUAGUGCAAUAGUAAUUGGCGAUAAUUCUUAGCAUUUUGUGUUUUGUUUCAGUUCACCCUGUUGGCUGUGUACUACUCUAGUAGGUGCCUGACUAAUAAAGACGUAUUGUA